AUGUUAAUUUCCGAAUCGACAUGUCCAAUUCGAAUUGCAUCGCCCUCUGUGUUAGCUAACUCGGAAGAUAUACACUGGGGAGCGUCGGGUGUAAUUAAUUCAUCAUCUUAUAAUUUUGAAGACGAAUCUUUCAAAUGUCAAAUGAUUUUUAUUGGAAGUGCCUCAGAACGAAUUCAAAUCACAUUUUUGCAUUUCAAUCUUUAUUCACGACCGGUUCAUCAUGAUAACGAAACAUUUAGAUGUGAAGAAAUGGAUCAUAUAUCCGCUCACGUAUUGAUCGGUACUCGCAUGUCACGUAUUGACGACUUCUGUGGCUCAGAAACACCUCCAAGGCUGAUGUCAACAAAAAAUUUAAUGAUUUUGGAUUACGUAAUUCGAUCGAACAAGCAUAUACGUCAAAUGGUUUCUUCAUCAGAUGCUUUCGGAUUUACUAUACGUUAUAAUUUUCUAACUGAUCUCGGCUUGUCGGAUAUGAAAGCUGAACGCAAUUUGGAUCAUAGUAUGGGUCUUUUCCCUCACUUCUUUUUUUACAAUUCGGAAAUUUCAAAUUUAAGGUUUGCAAUCAAGAUUUUCAAACUUAUAGCGUGCUAUUACAUUUUCAAUUCAUCUCGGCAGACAUCGGGUGGUGUUUUCUCACCAAAUCAUCCAGGAUAUUAUCCCCGUAAUAUUAACUGCCAGUAUAUUUUCCAUGGAACUGAAAACCAAGUCGUCUCAAUCCACUUUGAAUAUUUCGAUGUUGAGGGAUUUUCGACGACAAAUAAAAGGUUUUGUGGACAAACAUGUCCUAAAUAUUCAGUUGUAAGUGAAUCGAAUUAUUUUCGAAUGGUAUUCGUUUCAAACGAUAUUUUUGAUGCAACUGGCUUUUAUGCACAUUAUCAGUUCAUCGUUCGACGUUAG